AGGACCAUGAAAUAAAGAAAAGAGUGAUCUUCCCUAUCCACCCAACUCCACUAGAAAAGAAAAAAAUAAUUGAUCACACAAUUAAAAUAUCCCUCAUCAAUCAUCACAUAAACCCAAUUAACACAACUUGCAAAUUAAAAACUUGAGACUCACUCUCUAGUCUCUUCCAGGUGUGUGUAACUGCAAAGAGUGAGAAGAAUAAUGGAGAGUCAAGUAGUAAAGCGUAGAAUCAACACCAUUUCUGGUCAUUUGGCUGCUCGAAUUGUCACUGAGGAUGUCAAUGCACCCAAUACUCACUUAUUUCCUUUGAAUUGCAGCAGCGAUUUGAACACUUCAUUUAGAAGGCUUGAUAGCAGAAUGCUAUAUGGACGUCAAGCAUCUGCCUCUCAAGGCUAUUUUAUGAGACAGGCUAUGAGUUCUACAGACAAGGGAAAUCUAGUUGCCAGAUCUGGUGUUUGUUCAGCUAAGUGCGUAAAUGAAGCAAAGACUACUGCCCCUGAGCGACCAUCAUAUGCGCGUCCUGCCUCCUCAGAACCACUCUUUUCUAGACCAGUUCAGGAGGAUUUUAACUGCAAUAACAUUUGUGAGGCCGAAACCUUCAAACAGGAUAAGACAUUACCUGCAUCAAAGUGCCCCACAUCUGUCCUGCCGCAAGAGAAGCAGGUUUCUAGGAGACAGAUGUUUUCUUCUCAAAUCAAUGGUAUUGGAACAGGAUGGUCACCAAGGAUAAACGUUAUCGAAUCCAAAAGCAGUCAUGUCAUCACAGUAGAACUUCCUGGUGUGGAGAUCAAUGAUAUUAGAGUGGAGAUGGAUGAUAAAAACUUAAUUGUGCGAGGUAUACGCUCGAUGAAGUGGUGGAAGAUAGCAGGUUGUCCAAAUGAUUCUUUAGCCACUUACCAUAGGAGGGAGAUUGCGCAGGGACCAUACAAGAUCAUAUGGCCGCUUCCACCUGGUGCAGACAAGAACUCCGUGUCUGCUGAGCUUGUGGAGGGAAUACUUCAUAUCACAAUCCCAAAACUUUGAGACCGAUGAUUUAGAAAUGAAGAUAUUAUAUAUGACUGGAUUUAUUCACAUAAGAGAACAGAUGAUUCUACAUACAUAUCAGAAGAUGCAGAGAAUGUUUAAGUAUGAAAAUAUGUACCCUUUCUUAUACAUUCUCCUGUGUGUGUAAGUAGAUAUAUCAGAAGAUGCAGAGAAUGUUAAGUAUAAAAAUAUGUACCCUUUCUUAUACAUUCUCCUGUGUGUGUGAGUAUAUAUCAGAAUUCAGAAAGAUGUACAAUCUUGUGUUAUCUACCCUUUGUUACAUCUUCUCCUGUUGAAGCGUGUAGGGUUGCAUAUUUUCCAGUUUUUAGUUAUACUUUGAUUUCGAUACUAAAGAAAAAUCUCCUGGCUGA